UGCUGAGAGUAUUUACUAACUACCUAACCUAUUAUCGGAGAGAACGUGAGAGAAAGCAUCAUUGCCAAUUAUUUCAAUUUUUACACAAAUUUGUAGUUUCUUUUUACUUUAAAAUAAUUUAAAAACUUUCAUUAAAGCAAUAAUAAGUAUUAAUUUUGAUUGGAUAUAUUUAAGUAAUAGAAGUAAAAUUUGUAAUUAAAAAUAAGAAGAACAGUAUCAAAAAGUUUUACAUCACAGAAAUUAGUUUCUCUCAAUCUUUUAUUAUUGAUUUAGUUGUAUCAAAAUAAAUAAUGUCUCCAUAUGCCUUUGUAAGAAAUUUAGGAAAACAACAUGGCUCGUGGUCAACAAAAAAUUCAAUCUCAAGCGAAAGCAGCUGAGAAGGCUUCUAAAUUAAAAAAACAACAAGGUCACAGUGCAAACGACCAAAAGAAAGCUGCUCAAAAAGCUCUCGUCCAUGUUUGCGUUGUUUGUAAGGCUCAAAUGCCAGAUCCUAAGACGUAUAAGCAGCAUUUUGAAAACAAACAUCCAAAGAACGAAAUGCCUGAAGAUUUGAAAAAUAUAUGAAAAUAAUAAGCAAUUCCAAUUAAUUGUAAUCGUCGAGGCGAAUAUUAAAAAAGAAUACUUAAAUAAUUCGCUGGAAUACGAGUGAUUUACCAACUGAGUGAUACAUAGUUAUAAAGUUUGACCCGAUGAUUUAUUGACUUCUACACAAACUAAAAAAAUUUAUAAUCAAAUUAUCGGUGAAAUCGUAUUCACAGCUUAAAUCGUCAUAAACUUAAUAAGUUUUUGCACCCUCGUAAAAUUUGUUAAUUUCUUUUUAUCAAAUGACACUUAAGUACUGAUUGAAAAAAGUUAAUAAAUAUUUCUCUUUU